CUACGAGGGGGGGAAAGCUUCUACCUGAUUGGUUGAGAUGUUGCUCCGCGGGAAGGACAGAAGGAGAAAGAAAUGUCCGCCGUCAGGGCUUUGUAGGGAAACAUGGACACUUCUGCAGGGGAACGUUACAUUCCAUUACUUUUGUGUGUUUGCGGAAGAACAGAAUGAAAUAACAUGUCGGAUUACUGUUUGACUCGGGUGCUGGAGAUUCUGAGAGGGUUGUAUGGGCGCGUGCAGACGUUAGAAGAGUUCAGUGAUGGUGUGGAGUUCAGUGAUGGCCGGAAGCCGGUUCUGAUGGAGGAGUGUGACUCAGAACGCUUUAAAGCGCUCAUCAGGGGGCUGAUAGUGUGUACAGAGUCUCCUCUAACACACACUCCCAGCUCGGCACAGCUGGGCACCCUGCCUGAGGUGCUAGCAUUUGUUCUGAACCGCAUGAAGAUGAAGAAGAAGAGAAACGUUCUGAGGUUCGGUUACCGCUCCAGCUCAGGUGGAGCUGACUCGGACCCUUUCAAGUUCCACGGAUCCAUUUCACAAAGCGCUGCAUUCAUCUGCGGCAAUGAAGCCUGGGCAAAAAUCAACCAACGGCUCGGCUCCGACCUCACCCAGUAUCUGCUAACUCACUGUGCCAUGUUUACUACAGCACCCCCUACCUGCCUGGUGCAGAUCUGCGGCGUUCCUGUGUAUGAUUUAGUGCCUGUACAUACCUGGUCUGGGUUCUUCCUCAACUCAAGUAACAAAGCUGGCAUGUUGAACAGGAACCGAAGGAUUGACAUUAAAAAACAGAAUGGGGCGAGGAAAGAGGCAAAAAACAGAAGGAGAAGACAGAUGAAUUCUAAAAAUGCAAAAAACACAGUAAAUGCUAAAAAGAGAAAGAGGGAAGAAGGAAAAGAAGAUGUGGAGGACAUCAGGGAAAGUCAUGAGGAACUUCCUGCAAAGCAAAGAUGUAUUGAGAUUGUGGGAAAGUCUUGUAUCAUUGAGAAUAUUUGUCCAGUCCAAUCAGAGUUACCUCACAUCAGCCCCGCCCCCAAACAUGGCCUGUCUAGUUGGAAACCGAGUGACCAACCCCCACCCCGCCCAUCUCACUGUUUCAUCAGUGUACUGAGCAUGCUCUAUGGCGGCCGUGGCAUGAAGGGCUUCCUGCUGAACAGGAAGUUGCAGGGACACAUGGGCAGAGCCAGAAAUAUCCAAGGGGCAGAUGUUGUUAGGAUGGUGUUUUGUCUCAAGGACAAGGCCCAACUGUCAGGGUCAAAUUCACAAAACCGAAAACUACCUAAGCGUUUUUUUGCCAUGGUGCCAAUCUUCAAUUUGCUCUUGCGGCGUCACAGGAAGUGCAACUACAUUCACUUCCUGUCUCAAAAGUGUGCAACGAGCGAGGGCGAAGGGGACAUGGCAUCUCUUUUGCCUUCUCAUUGCUCGUCCUACAGAGUGUAUCUGUUCGUGAGGGAGUGUGUGCGCUUUGUUAUUCCAGGUGAACUCUGGGGUUCCCAGCACAACAUGCUGCAGUUCCUGUCCAGAGUAAAGCACUUCCUGCGACUGGGGAAGUUUGAAAAACUCUCAUUGGCUCAGGUGAUGUGGAAGAUCAAAGUGAGUGAUUGCCAUUGGCUGGGGCGUAAAAAAGGUCACUGCCCAAGUGAGCAUCGCUACAGAGAGUGGAUUUUUGGACAGUUUUUGCUCUGGAUGCUUAAGGACUUUGUGAUAGGCCUUGUCAAAUCUUUAUUUUACGUCACAGAGAGCGUCGGCCAAAAACAUGCGCUGAGAUUCUAUAGACGACACAUCUGGACCAGACUACAGGACCAGGCCUUCAGGGAGCAUCUCUCUAAAGGCCAAUGGGAAGAAUUGAGUCCUGCAGAGGUGGCAUCACUACCCAAGAACACUGUAACCUCCCGCAUUAGAUUUAUCCCAAAAACCAAUGGUAUGCGACCAAUCACACGCUUAAUCGGUACGGGAGCAGCUAUGCAGUUCCAGAGUUCAGCACGUGAUCUUCAGAAAAUAUUGAGUGUGUGCGUGCGAGAGCGGCCAACUCUGUUAGGCUCGACUGUCUGGGGACGACAGGACAUUCACAGAGUGCUGAGAUCCAUCACUCACUCACACACGCCGUGGUACUUUGUUAAGGUGGACAUCAGUGGGGCAUAUGAUAGUCUUCCCCACUGUAAGCUCUUAGAUGUGGUGCAAGAUGUUCUCAAGCCAUUGGAGGAGAACUGCUUCUCUCUGAGACAUUAUGCUAAAGUGUGUACCGACUCUGAACAGGAGAUCAGGAAACACUUCUGCACCAGGGCUGAAGCGGUUGAAUCAUUGAACAUGAAGGGUUUUGUAAUGGAGGAGCAGAACAAUGGAAAGCUCCACAAUGCCAUUCUAGUGGAGAUGCUCUCAGUGGAAGUUAAGGGCGCAGACGUGUUUCAGUUCUUCAAGCAGAUGCUGAGCAGCUGCAUCAUCCAGUACAACAAGAAAGUGUUCCGGCAGGUGUGUGGUAUUCCUCAGGGUUCUGCUGUCUCCACCAUGCUGUGUAAUUUGUGUUAUGGCCACAUGGAGAACUGUGUGCUGAAGAAAGCCACAGAGAAAGGAGGGUAUCUGAUGCGGUUGGUGGAUGAUUUCCUGCUGAUCACUCCAAGACUGAGUAAAGCAGUGGACUUCCUCAAGACGUUAAUGGCGGGUGUCCCUGAUUACGGCUGUGUGAUUAACCCUCAGAAGGUGGCGGUGAAUUUCCCGCUGAGGGAUGAGCUGGAGAGUGUGGAGAUGACAGAAUUCCCAGCACACUGCAUGUUCCCAUGGUGUGGGCUGCUGAUCGACACUCGCUCCCUCCAUGUCUACAACGAUUACUCCGGGUACGCCGGCCAAUCACUGCGCUACAGCCUGACGUUAGGCUCCGCCCACUCACCUGCCACGUUCAUGAGGAAGAAGCUGCUGAUGAUCCUGAGGCUGAAAUGUGACAGCAUUCUUCUGGACGUUCACUUAAACUCCGUUGAAGUGGUGUACAAAAACAUCUACAAGCUUCUCCUGCUGCAGGCCAUGAGGUUUCAUGUGUGUGUGAAGAGUUUGCCGUUAGGUCAGGGUGUGUGGACCAACCCGAGUUUUUUCCUGAAGAUGAUCUGGAGAAUGGUGAAGAUUACCAACAAGAGCAUCACACACAGCAACUCAGGAGUGUGUGUGGACGAUGUACUGCAGUAUGAAGCAGUAGAGCUGUUGUGCUGUUUAGCGUUUGAUGUUGUCCUAACGCUCCAUCGCUCUUCAUACCGCACUCUCCUCCCUCACAUCCACAAACGGAAGAGGUGUGUAAUGAGCGCGCUCCGUGGUGUCAGACUGGCGCGAGUUUUCCAGGCAGCAACUCCCAGAAUUCCUCCUGACUUCACCUCCAUCCGUAUCUAACCCAGCCUCACUCGGAGUAAUGACAUUUAAACCAUUAACUGGAUAUGUGUGUAGAUUUGAUUCUGCUGCUUCCAUCAUGAGUUCCAUCAUCAAUAAAGAUUAGUGAGAGUGUUCCAGAAGCAGCCAUGCAAGCCCAAGCCAUGACACUACCUCCACCAUGUUUCACAGAUGAACUCAUAUGUUUGGACCCUAAUAUCUACAGCAAAAACAAAUGAAUUGUCGUUAUAAUAGUUUCGGCAGGGACUGUAAUUAGGAUUUAGAGGAUAUUUAUAGAAUUGUAAAACCAUCCUUCGUUCAGGUGACCUCGCAUCGCAGGUGAGCAUUUUGAUAAAUAAAUGAGGAAUUUGUUUUUAUGAUGUUUUCUGCUUGUAUAAAUGUGUAGAGGCAGUGAUUCUGGGGGCGGGGCUAGCGGCAGAAGCUUUCAGAAGAUAAUUUAUUUCCUGUUCAGCAUGUAACUGUAGUGUAAAGCCUUCCACACCAUUUCAACUCGGCGUGUCACGAUAGCACUGAAUCUGCUGCGAUUCAUUCUGAUUAGAUUUAAUAUCCUCCAGUCC